AUAAACCAUAUUGGUUCGAUAACAGUACAUCGCUGCUACAAUAUGCCUACAUCGGUGGCGUUAAAAAUAUUUCAUGCGAAGCUAUGGGUGAACCGCCACCAUCAUUUGCCUGGCUACACAAUGGCCAGUCGAUACGUGGCAGCAACUAUCGUGUCUUCUACGGUGACUACAGUUCAACGCUGCAGAUCCAUGUGCUGAACGAUACGCAUUUAGGCGAUUACAAGUGCAAGGUGGCCAACCCGCUGGGUACACUGGAACGUGUCAUUAAGCUGAGCAAAGGACAGAAACCGGCCGGGCCGUCACGUUUUCAAUUGAAACGAACAUUUACCGAUGGCUUUGAGCUGGACAUACGUUCGGUGAAGUAUAGCAAUGUCGAUGAUAACAUGAACACACUGGGCUAUCGGGUCGAGUAUAUGAGUGAUAGUGAGCUGAAAUUUAGUGCGGGUAAUUGGAGCUAUGCCAAACGAAGAGAUUUUCUCUUUCAUCGAGAUGGCCGCCGCUUUGUCAUUUCCGGCUUAAAGUCCAACACCACAUAUCUAAUGCGUGCCGCCUCACGCAAUCUGGCCGGCCUCAGCGAUUGGAGUGCGGUGAAAAUAUUCGCCACCUUGGAAAAUCUCGCCAGUCAUACGGUGACAUUUGUCAUCCGCCAUCUCGUCAUCGUUGUCGCCAUCGGUUCCCUGGCGAACGCUGUGCUGAGACAUUUUUAAUUUCCGUUUCCGUUAACUUGUCAAUUUAUCAUCGUUUUACGCUUAGGUUGAUGAUUACGCGC